AUGAAGGACCUGUUAAUGGUGGACGCCGUGGACGAGGACCACGUGGUGAAUGAGCUGGUCACUCGCUACCGCCAGGGCUACGUCUACAUGUUCCUCGGGCCUGUUCUCAUCGCCAUGAACCCAUACAAGAUGCUCCGCCAGCCCAACGGUGACUCUAUCUACGCUCGUAACAUGAUUGAUGAGUUCCAGGGCAAGGAGCUGCACGUGUGUGAGCCCCACCCGUUCGCACUGGCCGAGAACGCCUACUCGAGCCUCAUGCGCUUCGGUCUGGACCAGAGUCUGCUCAUCACCGGCGAGUCUGGUAGUGGCAAGACCGAGACGUCCAAGCACGUCAUGCGCUAUCUAACUACCAUCAGCACGCGCUCCAGAGCGAAGAGUGCCGUCAUGGCGAAUCGCCGCAUGUCCGUCGCACAGCGUAAAGAGGCCGACGACAUGACGAGCCACGUGACCGACGUGCUGUGGGGCAGCAACCCCGUGCUUGAGGCCUUCGGUAACGCUCAGACCAUCCGCAACAACAACAGCAGUCGCUUCGGCAAGUACAUUGUGCUGCAGAUGAACCGUGUGGGUCAAGUCAUUGGCGGAUACAUUGACAACUACCUUUUGGAGCGCAGUCGCGUGAUCCGUCAGGCCGAGGGAGAGCGCAACUUUCACGCCUUCUAUCAGCUCAUGUCUGGUGCUACUGCAACCGACCGGGAAGCGUGGCAAUUGCCCGGAAGCGCCGAGGAGUUCGAUGUUCUUGGCAAUGAAGACGCCACGAUCGACGGUGUGGAUGACGCCGAGAACUACCGCAACGUCCGGGAAAACAUGACAGCCGUGGGGAUCACGGACGAGGAGCAGCGCGCUAUUUUCCAGCAGCUCUCGGCUAUUCUGUGGCUCGGCAACGUGCAGUUCAAGCAGACGACGGACGAGGCGCACAACCCGCGUGCUGCGAUUGAGGACCCUGCCGCUCGCGAGGCUCUGGCCAAGGCUGCGGGUCUCAUGGGCAUUGACAAGGACAAACUGGAAGCGCUGCUGACGUUCCGUAUCGUCAACAUCUACCGAGAGGACCAGAAAGUUCUGUUCGACGCGCGUCAGGCCAAGAAAGUGUGCGACUCGAUCAUGCGCUCGCUGUACGAAAAGAUCUUCGACUGGAUCGUGGCGCGUAUCAACAAGAACGUGACGUGCAAGAAGCGCGACAUCAACAACAGCAUCGGCAUUCUGGAUAUCUACGGCUUCGAGAUCUUCGAGGUGAACGCGUUCGAGCAGCUGUGCAUCAACUACGUGAACGAGAAGCUGCAGCAGCUGUUCAUCAGCCAGACGCUCGAGAGCGAGCAGGAAGGAUACCGUCGCGAAGGGCUGAGCUGGCAGAACAUCAAGUUCUUCAACAACCAGGUCGUGUGCGACCUCAUCGAGGACCCCAAGCAGCACGGAAUCUUCCCUCUGCUGGACGAACAGUGUGCUAUUGCGCGUCUAUCGGACUUGGAGCUCAUUGAACGGUACAACAGCGAGCACUCGAGGAAUCCUCACUACAUGGCGUCGCGUGUGCGUGGCCCCAACUUCGGCAUCGUGCACUACGCCGGCAAGGUCGAGUACGACGUGACGCUGUUCUUUGACGCCAAUGUGGACACGUUCUUCAACGACCUGCAGGACGGGAUGGAGCAGUCGUCUAACGCCUUCGUGCGUGCGGUCUUUCUGGACAAGAGAUCCAAGGAGACGAAGCUCAAGCGCCCGCCGUCGACGUCCCAGCAGUUCCGUACACAAGUGGCGGACUUGUUGAAGAAGCUGGACGGCUGUAACCCGCACUACAUCCGCUGUAUCAAGCCUAAUGAGAAGAAGCAGCCGCUGGCUGUCAACAAGGAGCUCGUGGCGGAGCAGGUGCGCUACCUCGGACUGGUGCAGAACCUGAGUGUGCGUCGUCAGGGGUUCUGCUACAGCCAGCCGUACGCGCCGUUCAUCAAGCGCUACAGCUUUUUAUCCGAGUCGACGUGGCCCGCCCCAGUCGCUCACUCGUCUCGCAAGGCUGCGGUUGACCUGCUCACGACUGCUGGACUGGGAGUGCGCGACCCGAACAACAAGGACGAGCUGAUCCCGUUCCAAGAGGACUCGGACACGCUUGGGUGCUUCUCUCUUGGUCGCAACAAGAUCUUCCUACGUCAUCCGCAGGCCUUGUCUGCCUUGGAGAUCCUGCGUGAAGAGCGCAUUCCGGUGAUCGUCAACAUCAUCGAGAACGCCUGGCGUCGCUACAUGAACCGCCUCGCACUCAAAGAGUUCCAGACGGCCUCCAAGCAGCUCUUGUCGGCGUACGAUGCGGUGUGGAGGAACUGCCAGGACCGUCGGAAGCGUGUGCCCGGCGCCAGCGACAAGGAGCACGUCGCCAAGAUUUACGGAAGCUGGGAGGCUGUCUCGACCAAGCUGCUGAACGUCAACAACAGUCGCUUGGUCAAGAACCUCAAGGCGGAGGAGGAACUCAACUCGAUCGUGUUCAUGCAGAGCUUCGUGCAGGCGCGGACGCAGCGUCGCGAGUUCCUGAAGCUUAGGCACGCCCAGAUCGUCUUCAGCAAGCGCUACCGAGGCCUCAACACUCGCAAGCAGCUCGCGAACGACAUGUGGAAAGCGUGCAAGGUUGCUCUUCUCGGUGUGCGUACAGAGUUCGAGCGCUACUUGGGCAAGAAGAAGCGUCGCCGUGACUCGCUGGACCGCACGUACCAGGGCGACUACAUCGGCGUCAACCGGUAUCCUGCGUACGCUGCCAUUCUCCAGGCCCACACUGAAGGUCGUGGCUCCAAGGCUGGCAGUGGACGUGGACAGAAGGAGAAGCUCUUGUUCCUGGACACGGUGGAGAAGGUGAACGAGCGUUGGGCGCAUCAGACGCGCGUGCUGAUGAUCAGCGAGAGUCGCGUGUUCAACCUGAAGGCCGACAAGAUCCAGCAGCCGAAGGAGCGUCGCGUGUUUGAGCUCUCUCGUCUCUCGAGUGUGGCCAUGAGCACGCAGCCAGACAACUAUCUCAUCUUCCGAGUGAAGGGCGAGAUCGACCUGAUGGUUCAGGUGUCCCAGAAGACGGAGGUGGUGCAGGCUCUGCGUGCUCGUCUGCAGAAAGGGUACGGCCGUGAGCUGACUGUGGAGUUCUCGGACGAGCUGGACUUCUACGCCGCCAAGGGCAAACAGCUCAAGGUCAAGUUUGCCUUUGACCGCUCGAUGAAGGACUCGGAGUGGAGCAAGGUGGACCGCCACACGAUGCAAGUCAAGGUCGGCAUCGUCUAAACUACCGGCAGAAGCGGUAAGUCCCUGCCACCUUCACUGAUGAGUGUCGUGUGAAGGAAUGGCGGCAAUAAAUUCCGAGACUAGCAAAGAAAAAAGGAAAGGAAACAAUUCACGUACAUGUACAGGAAGGUGCUCGUGAUAUGAUGACAAACUGAGGUGGCGUUGGCGCAGCGUAGCUGACCUGGCAUACAAGCAACAGAUUAAAGUCGUUAGCUCCACAUAACAAUGUUAAUUGGGUUUAUGUCGAAA